CAUACACAACACAAAUUGCAGCGCCUAUCUGGCACCCGUUCGAUCGCUAACACAAGUCUCACUAGAAAAAAAAUCCUUGCAAAAUGCGACCUACUAGUCACAGUCUGGAGCACUGACUUUUCCAAAUAACUUGUCAAACUGGUUUAAUAUCUACUCUGACAUCGAACGCUGACUUGUGGAGCAUAGUUGUUUUAGCAAAACAAAAGACAGGACAGAACUACGCAUAUAGCGUUUUCUAAACUAACUGGUUGUUGUACGAUGCAAUUGACCAACACAAAACCCAUCUUGCUCUUCACACUGAUUCUGCUAUUUCACACUGUACAAGAAGAAGCUUCUCAUGAAGAUGAAGUGAGGAUCCUGGUUGUAGGAAUCCGAGGUCAGUCCAGAUUCAGUGCUGCAGAUCUUCUGUCAGGAAGGAAAGACGGUGGACAGGAGGACAGAGAGAUUGUAAAGACUCCAGUAAUUACAGACGAGGCUCGUAGAAUGAUGCUGGUCACUGGACCAAACCUCUGUGAGGAGGACACAGCGAGACAGACCUUCACAACAGCGCUGUUUCUCUCGUCUCCUGGACCUCACGCCGUUUUAAUGCUCCUGAAUCUGGACGAUCAACAAUCACAACAGUGUGAUAUUGUGAAACGAGCCCAGGAGCUGCUGGGAGCAGAAGUCCUGCAGUACUGCAUUGUUCUUCUGCUCCAAAAUCACCAGGAACGUUUCACAGGAGCGUCCAGAGGGAUUGCUGGAGAAAUGAUCAACGCAUGUGGAGGAAGAUUUCACAUCAUAAGAGACUCUGAAGCAAAACCUGCUCAAAGAGCAGCUCUCAUAGUGGAAAUAGACAAGUUAGUUUGGCUCAAUGAUCACAGAUUUUACUCAGCAUUGACACAAACGUUAGAAACAGAAGAAACCAUUCAAGAUGUGCAUGAAGAAAAUCAAAUUCUCUCUGAAAAACAUGACAAUUCAGCAGAAACUGCACGAUGGAUUUUACUCAUUUUACUGAACACCGCUUUUAUUUUUACUAAAGUAAGGCAUGAGCAUUUUAAAUUUGCGGAAAUACUAUUUGUACUUGUUAUUUUUAUGGUCACUUUAAGAAAUAUUCUCAAUCCAGAUGUUGCCGUUCCUUUCAAUUUGAUCCUAUCCUCCACUUUCACCGUAGCCGCUGCAUAUCAUGACUUUGCAAAUUCACGACAUGGACACCAAAUCAUAAUGUUUUUAGUCAUGAUCUUUACAUUUCCCAGUAUAGUGUUCAUAGCAGGUCUAGGACUGACUGUAGGAACAGCUGUCAGUGUACAGACGUGGUCAGAUGUGCUUAUAGCGUGCCAUGCUGCUCCCGGGGUCACAUUCGGGGCUCAUUUAUACACUAUUUACUCCAUUAUACCGGAUCAAAUGCAAGCUCGGACAACUCUAGUCUUUGCAUUCAAGUUAUUCCUGUUUUGUUUUGUUGGAGUGAUGCUCUCAAUGGGGUUUGUGACUGUAUUUGCUCUGUUUGGUGUGGAGAGAGCAAUAUUUCUGCUAAUAUUAGGAUUUACAAAAGCGUUUUUCCAUUUAAAGAGUCUUAAAGGAGAAAGCAGCUCCUAA